GACGAAUGGGACGCUCCGGCGAUGAAGGACGGUGGCCUUAGUGGCAGAGGGAAAGAUCUUUUCGAUUCAUGAAUUGCAUCCUUGUGAUGAUGAUGGCCUUCAUCGACAUCGCCGUCAACCUGACAGAUCCCAUGUACCAGGGCAUCUAUCACGACAAGCAGCGGCACGAGGCGGACCUGCAAAGAGUGCUGGAGAGGGCAAAGGCCGCAGGCGUGCACAAGAUGAUUGUCACAGGCACGCAGAGCAGACACACAGAAUCAGUGAGUGAGAUCUCUCUCUGGUGAUUCACUGGUAUCCAUUGCAUUGCAGGUGGCAGCUUGGAGGACAGCCAAAAGGCCAUCGACCUCUGCAGGGAGUACGGUAAGCAGUGCAUGGCAUGGCAUGGCAACCCCUUCAGAAACCAUCCCCCCCAUUUAUUGAUCCAUUAUGGUCACCUCCUUCCUUCAUCCAUCAGAUCCGUCCGGCGGCGUGCUGUACUGCACUGUGGGCGUUCAUCCGACCCGCUGCAAUGACUUCAUUGACAAGGCAGAGACCCCCGAGGCACACCUGAGGGCGCUGCGGGAGCUGGUGGAGGGCAACCGGGACAGAGUGGUGGCCAUCGGGGAGAUUGGCCUUGGUACGUACGUUGGCACAGAAACCGAGAGCAUUGCUCAGCAUUGUUGGCUGUGUUGUCAUUGAUUGGGUCUGCUUGCCUCACUCCUCAGAUUUCGAGCGCGAGAUGUUCUGUGUGGCUGACACGCAGAAACGGUACGAGAGAGGGCCGCGCAUGGAGUGAGAGAGAGAGCGGCGGCCUGGCGUGUGUGUUGUGUUGUGGGUGUCAGGUUCUUCGAGGCGCACUUAGAUCUUGUGGAUGCUCUUGAGCUGCCGAUGUUCCUGCACAUGAGGGCGGCUGCCGACGCCUUCUGUGGUAUCGAUGGCCGCAAGCCUCGGUGCCAGCAGGGAUGAUGGCAAUUUCGUGUUCUUCCGCUGCGAUCAUUGCAGACAUCCUAUCUCGGAAUCGGCAGAAAUGGGAGAGGGUUGGAGGGGUGUCGCACUCGUUCACCGGUGGGCAAACCCACACGGACGCACAGACGAGUGGAGUGGCUGCAUGACGCGCUGCAUUGGCUGGGUUUGUAUGCUCAGGGACGGCAGAAGAGCUGCAGAAGGUCAUUGAUCUAGGCCUCUGCAUCGGUAGAAAGAAAGGCUUCUCUCACCGCCCCGGAGUGUUCUGAUGGAUUUGAUUGGCUCAUGACCUGAUCGAUCAGGCCUGAAUGGGUGUUCGCUCAAGACGGAUGAGAACCUUGAUGUGGCGGCACAGGUGCCGGAACAUCUCGUCAUGCUCGAAACAGGUCUGUCUGCAGCCCAAACCGACACGGGGCUCCUCGCUGCACAUGUGUGUGUGUGUGUGUGUGUCCAUGUCAGAUGCCCCCUGGUGCGACAUCCGCCCGACACACGCUUCCAGCAGUUUUGUCAAGACCGACAUCGACUGCGUCAAGAAGCCCGAGAAAUGGGAGCCGGCCAGGCAGGUCAAGGGGAGGAAUGAGCCCUGCAACAUGGUGCAGGUGGCGGAGGCGGUGUUCGGUGUGCGGGCUGCCAGGGGGAGGACAACACAUGACUUCAACGCAUUCUGCAACACGUGAGCGCCGCUGUGCAUCCCGAUUUGUGCGCGUGUGUGCACUCACUGGCUUGGUUCUGGUGUGGGUGUGCAGGGUGGUGUCCAACACGCUGCGGCUGUUCACCAAGCUGAAGGCCUAGGCGAUUUUCAUUGUGUGUCUGUGUGGGUUGACUGAGUAUUUAUUUGUGUGCGUGGCGUGGGGGAGAGAGUGGCUGCGUGACGGUUGAUGUGACUUGACAGAAAGGCACGCCAGGCCAUCCGACAGACACGCAUCAGUCAGUCCCCCCAUGACAGCAAAAUUAGCUAAGUCAGUCUUUGCACAUCGAUCAA